AUGAAGCAAGCAGCCAGGCAGACCCUGCACGCUGCCGCCCGCCGCCAGGCUCGGCCAGCACCUCGCCCUGCAGCUCUCGCCCAGCUCGCCGCCAACCGCCCCUUCUCGUCCUCGCCGCUCCGCCUCCAGGACCCGGCCGCCGACCCCAACAAGGACCCCAAGGGCGACAAGGCCGACUCCAAGGACGGCAAGGCCAAGGACAAGGCCAACGCCGAGCCCGACUCGACCGUCGAGGGCCGCUCGCCGUUCGCCGCCUUUGUGGAGGUUUUGCGCGACGAGGUGCGCAAGAACCGCGAGUGGCAGGACUCGGUCAAGCAGCUCGGCGGCGAGGUCUCCAAGGUCCAGGACAGCGAGGCCAUGCAGCGCGCAAAGAUCAUGUACGAGCGCGCCAGGCUCGCCGCGAGCAUCAAGGAGAACCCCAAGCUCGCCGCCGCCGCCGAGGAGCUCCGCAAGGCCGGCAUCGGCUUGAACGACGCCGUCGCGCACGCCCUCAAGGGCAUGGAGGAGACCGCCUUCGUCCGCACCCUGUCCAAGUCGGCUCGCGCCGUCGGCGACGCGGCCCUGACGGCGUCGGCCCCGAUCCGCGACACGGACGCCUACAAGGCCGUCGCGAGCGAGAUCACCGAGCUCCUCGAGAACGCGGCGUACGACACGCAUCACGGCGGGUACGUCGACCGCGAGGCGCGGCGGCGCAGGCGCGAGGCGCGGUUGGCCAAGAUCGGGCGCAGCCGGGAGGGAGGAAUGGCGAGGCGGAUGAAGGUCGAGGAGAACCCCGAAGCGGGCGAGGCGCUCGUGUACCACUCGUCGGCGAACUCGGAGCCCAAGCCGUCUCGGUUGCCGAAACCGCUCGCCGACAAGCUCGCGUCGUGGUCGCACAACUACCAGGAGUCGGACAACCCGUUUGUCGUCAUGUCGCGCACCGUCACCAACACGGUCGGCCGCAUCUUUGACGAGACCGAGACGGCCAAGGUGACGAGGUGGGUGCGCGACAUGGACCCGACCUUUACGCAGGAGAGCUUCCUGCGCGAGCUGCGGGAGUACAUCGUGCCCGAGCUCGUCGACGCCUACGUCAACGCCGACCAGCCGACGCUCCGGCAAUGGUGCAGCGAGGCGACCUUCAACGUCCUCGUCGCGACCCUGCAGGGCUCGAUCGGGCCCUCGCUCAUGUCCGAGUCGCGCGUCCUCGACAUCCGCAACCUCGACAUCAUGUCGGCCAAGAUCCUCGAGAACGACAUCCACGUCUUCGUCGUCUCGUGGCGGACGCAGGAGGUGCUCGCGUACAAGGACCUCAAGACGGGCGAGCUCGCCGUCGGCGACGAGAACAAGAUCCUCCAGGUCGGAUACGUCGCCGUCCUCACCCGGGUCGAGGAGGAGCUCGACAACCCCGAGACCGGCGGGUGGAAGGUCAUCGACAUGGCUCGUCGCGCCGCCUAGAUACGCCCUUUCGCCUUCCCUGUCGUCUCGACCAGCGCCACCGCCAGCAUACCCACCUCUGUCCCUCUCCGCCGAAAAGCGCGCGCGCACCUCUCCCCUUGUCCUCGGCCUCGGCCACUCGCCUCGCCUUAUCAAGCAGUCCCCUGUACCACCACUCGACCCGAACCGACUCGGCUCGACCCGAUUCGGCUCGCCUUGACCAGCAUCACCCACUUCUUCUCUCCCCACUCCGUCCCCACUCCUCCUUCUCCCCCUCACUAUCUCCAGCAGUAGCAGCAGCUCGCCCACUCGUACAUGUCGACGCGCUCGAGCAGGGUGGGGAGACGCGCAAUAGAACGCAUCCGAUCCUUUUCUGUU